AUGGACGAGUUGGGCUGCAUUGACCUGUGGGAAACGUCCGAGCAGACUCCGGAGGAGACCUUGCCAAACCUCUGGACUAGAGCUGCCAACAUGCUGAGAGACGACCAGGACCGCGAAAAGCGCACCUUGAUCGACCAGUACUUGAAGACUCUAGAAUAUGAAUUUGGCAUUGCUUCCUUAAAUGGAAACGGCCAGCCCCUUAGUGGCCUCCAGCCCGCACAAGCAGCUAAGUUUCUCGAAGCCAAGGCUGAGGAGCUAAGAGGCCGCCAACUCAUCAUCGGAACGGGAAAAUUUCAGUUCAACAUCGAUCCAUACCUCAUCAACGUGAUCAAACACAUCGCCGCCGCCAAAGACUUGAUAACGGCUGCCUCCAGCACCGAUCCCCAUGCGUCCGCUGCUUGUGCAGGCGUGGUGGUGAUUCUCAAUCUUUUGAUUCGACAGGCGGACCAGAGGGAAGUGCUUUUCAAAGGUCUCCAAGAUAUAGCAUCGAUCAUUUGCAGAUACAUGGUAAUGGAAGCUGUAUACCUCUCGAGAGUUCGAGUAGGCUCCGUGGAAGACAAGGCUGCCGAAGAACUCAAGCAUGAGUUUGAAAACAACCUCUCAACGUGCAAGAGCUAG